GACACAUGCCCUCUGUUAGCGACAGCAGCAAUCCCAACAGCCCUGUUACCCUACUCACGAUGGCAAAUCACGACAGCGAGUUUCCAAUGGAUGAAGUUAUUGAUGACCUAAUUAGUCUUGAAUCCGGUUUCAAUGAUGGAGGCUUGGAUUGCAUGGAGUCUAACAUCAUAAUGCAAAACAAUGUGUCACUCAGUAGCAGCAUGCUGGACGUCUAUGGGGGUGAACAAGGUAUGAAAGCCCCUAAUGGUGGAAUGAGCCCCACAUCUAACCCCACAAAGCUCACUGUUAAAAGGGAAUACACAGAACAUGACACAAGGGUGAUGGCCAAAGAGCGGCAGAAAAAAGACAACCAUAAUUUGAUUGAAAGAAGACGAAGAUACAACAUCAACUACAGGAUUAAGGAGCUGGGGACACUCAUACCAAAAUCGAAUGACCCCGACAUGCGCUGGAACAAAGGCACUAUCCUAAAGGCCUCUGUGGAGUACAUAAGGUGGCUGCAGAAGGAGCAGCAGCAUGCUCGGGAACUGGAGAGCCGUCAGAAGAAGCUGGAGCAAGCGAACAGGAGACUGCUGCUGAGGAUCCAGGAGCUUGAGAUCCAGGCACGAGCACAUGGACUUCCAAACAUGUCUACAGCUUUGGGGACUGUUGAACUAUCCUCCCACCUCCUCAAACAACAACAGCACCAGGAGGACCCCAACAGCGACUACCUCCAGAGGAUAGCCGUGGUGGCUGGUGUGCCAUCCAUCCCGGCCACCGGCGGGCUGCAGGAUCACAUCACAGGCGCCGAUGGCUGCACCACAUUUUCUGACCCGCUGUCCCACUUCACAGACUUCUUCAGUGCUACGCUCAAGGAGGAACAUCGGCUGGACGAGAUCCUGAUGGAUGACCCGCUCUCGCCAUUUGGCACCGACCCUCUCCUCUCGGCAGGCUCGCCUGGAGCUGCAUCAAAAGACAGCAGCCGCAGGAGCAGCUUCAGCUCUGCAGAGGGUGACGACCUAUAAUGGGUGCCCUCUCCAGAAACACACUCUUGUCAUCUCCUUGUGACAACACAGUUGUAAU